GAAAAAAAAAAAGUGAAAAAAAAGUCAUUCAAAAUUUUCACUAUAAAGCUCUCACCUCCAACCAAAAACCAAAUCCACUAUCAUCUUCACACUGGCAAAAUGCCCAAAUUCAAGAACUCCAUCCCUUUCUUGAUUCUCAUAAUCUCUUCAAUCAAUGUUCUUGUUUUCGCCGGAAAAGCAGAAGACCCGUUUACUCCAAAGGCGUAUGUAAUCCGAUACUGGAAGAAACAGAUCUCAAAUGAUUUACCCAAACCCUCGUUCUUAAUCGAGAAAGCUUCGCCGCUAACCGCCGUGCAGUCGGCGGCGUUUUCAAAACUUGCGGCUAACCAGCACUCUCUCUCCACCAACCUCCCAUCGUUCUGCUCCGCCGCGAACUUACUGUGCUUCCCCGACGUCGGACCCAGUCUGGAGAAACAUUCCGGUGAUGUGAACUUUAAAGAGUACUCCGAGAAGAACUUUACUAACUACGGGUCAGGUCGUCUUGGUGGAUUUGAUUCCUUCAAAAAUUAUUCCAAUGACGGCAACUCGGCUCUUGACUCGUUCCGGCGGUAUUCACGUGACUCAGUGGGCCAUGGCGAUAAGUUUUCCACUUAUGCCCGAGACACAAACGUUCCUGACCAGAGCUUCAAUACCUACGGCACAAAAGCCACCGGAGGCACCGGAGACUUCACAAGUUACGCCCAAGACGUCAAUGUACCCACCAUGAGAUUCACCUCAUACUCCGACGACGUCAAUGGGCGUGUCCAGACCUUCAAAUCUUACUCCGAGAACGCAAACGCCGGCGAUCAAUCGUUCACUAGUUACGGGAAAAAGGGUAACGGCGCCGAGAAUGAAUUCAAAUCAUACGGUAAUAAUUCCAACGUCAUCGGCUCGUCGUUUUCCAAUUACGGCGAGAACGGCAACGGCGCAAACGAUUCUUUCACUUCAUAUGGGGAAAACGGCAACGUUCCCGAGAAUAACUUCAAGAGCUACGCCGACAGCGGUAACGCCGCCGUCGAUUCAUUCACGAGUUACAGAGAUCAAUCCAAUGUCGGGGACGAUAAUUUCAAAUCAUACGCCAAAAGCUCCAACGCGGCGGACUUGAAGUUUUCAAAUUACGGGAAUUCCUUCAACGAAGGCACCGAUACAUUCUCCGGCUACGGCGGAGGCACCGUCACAAACCAGAAAUUUGGGUUUAAAGGCUACGGUGUUAACAAUACGUUCAAAGAUUACGCCGAUAAGAAGAGGGCUUCUUUUGCUACCUACGCGACAAAGGGUUCGGCGGCGCGUGUAGGAGCAAUGAAGACGAAAUCAGCCGCCAGUGGCAAACCUGUAAAUAAGUGGAUCGAGCCGGGUAAAUUUUUCAGGGAGAGUAUGUUAAAAUCCGGGACGAUAAUGCCCAUGCCGGACAUUCGUGAUAAGAUGCCUAAAAGGUCAUUUUUACCCCGGGUGAUUCUUUCAAAAUUACCAUUUUCAUCCUCCAAACUCGGCGAUUUAAAGAAGAUUUUUCACGCUGAGGAUAACUCAAGCAUGGCGGGUUUAAUCUCUGAAGGAUUGAGCGAGUGUGAACGGAAACCGAGUCAAGGUGAGUCAAAACGGUGUGUCGGAUCGGUUGAAGACAUGAUUGAUUUUGCCACGUCAGUGCUUGGACGGGAUGUCGUCGUUCGGACAACCGACAACACAAACGGGUCGGGUAAGAAGGUAAAAAUCGGGUCAAUUAAAAAGAUUAACGGCGGUAAAAUAACGAAGUCGGUGUCUUGCCAUCAGAGCUUGUUCCCUUACCUGCUAUACUACUGUCACUCGGUUCCCAAGGUACGGGUCUACGAAGCGGAUCUACUUGACCCGAAUUCAUCCUCCAAGAUUAAUCAUGGGGUUGCCAUCUGUCACAUUGACACGUCAGCUUGGAGUGCGACCCAUGGAGCUUUUCUUUCACUCGGGUCGGAGCCUGGGAAGAUUGAAGUUUGUCAUUGGAUCUUUGAGAAUGAUAUGACUUGGGCUGUUGCAGAUUAAAAAACCAUUUGGGUUUGGGUCAGAGUUUGGUUGGAACCGGGUCGGGUGCAAAAGUGAACCUCUUGUUCGAACCAUAGGAGAUUACUAUUCUAUUCGCUUAUAUCAUUUUAAUUUUUUUGUUUUUAAUAUUGUAAUGACUUGUUUGUUUUCUACUGAAUUAAGACGAAAUGAGAACCCAAAAUAUGAAAAUAUUAAAAGAGUA